UACCUAAUACUAGUCCAAAAUGUGUUAAGUCGUAACGCUCAUGCGUGUUUUACUUUUAAACUUUUAAACGAUACUCCGUUAGCGCUAAAAUAUCAUAUUAUAUUGUAGUUAUAACUAAUAAUAAUUAUUAAAAUAUGUGUUGUAUAUGUUUGUGCGUUCACUAAUUAUUAUUUUAUUAACUACGACAACCUGCGAAGAUAUCUUCGUAUCGAGUAAUAGGCAUUUAAAAAAACCGUCUUCGUUGAUAGAAAAUUAAAAUUUGAUAGGUCUUUCGAUUACGUGAUGUUUUGCUGUAGUGCUGUCUGCACAAAAUAAAAAACGGUCUCACGCCGAUUGAGUUUGGACGUUCGAGUUAAUUUUAUAUUUCACCCCCCGUCAAAAUGAUCGUCUACAAUUUGAUCGGAGCUCUAACGUCGGAUUCGAAUACGCUGUGGGUGGCGCUGCUCUCGCUCACGGUCCUCAGUCUGUACUUUUUGUACUUCGACAAAUUGUCCAAAAUUCAUGGAAAACAGAUUUCACUAUUGCCAUCGAUCACAAAAACCCAAUGGGCUUCGUUAAUUGUGUCGUUGAAACUCGCCAAUUUCGGGCCAAGAGAUAUUUUGCCGUAUUUCGACAGCGUUAUCAAAAAAUACGGAUCGAUAAUCCAUUUGAAAAUCAUUGCACGUCAUUAUGUCAUCAUAAACGAUCCGGACGAUAUAAAGGUACUAUUGUCGAGUGUACAGCACAUUACGAAAGGUCCCGAUUACGAGAUGCUUGAACCAUGGUUGAACAAAGGGUUACUCACCAGCACGGAUCAAAAAUGGCAUUCUAGGAGAAAACUAUUAACAAACACUUUUCAUUUUAAAAUUUUGGAAACUUACGUGCCAUCACUCAAUAAUCACUCUCGUUCGUUGGUCAAAAAUCUCAUCAACGCAUCAGACAAUGGUAAAUCCAUAGCAGAUAUUGACUCCCACGUAACUCUGUGCGCUUUGGACAUCGUGUGCGAGACAAUUAUGGGUGUAAACUUACGUACUCAAGAGGGUAAAUCGACAGAUUACGUUAAAGCAAUCAAAAAUGUCAGUCACAUACUGAUCAAACGUAUUUUUACGUUUUGGUAUUGGAGCGAAAUUAUUUUCAACCUUAGUAAUAUUGGCAGAGAAUUUCGCAAAUCAUUAAAGUUAUUACACAAUUUCACCGAAAAUGUCAUAAAGGAAAGACGAAAAAUAUUAGAAGAAACCGCGGAACAAAAAAAAACAGAUGGAAAAGCAGGAAAGAAACAGAUAUAUUCAUUUUUGGACCUUCUUGUCGGCGUUUCCAAAGAAAAUCCCGGUACAAUGACCGAUAAAGAUAUACGAGAAGAAGUGGAUACGUUUCUUUUCGAAGGACACGACACGUCUUCGAUAGCUAUUACUAUGGCUAUAAUUCAUUUGGGGCUCGAUCAAAACAUACAAAAUUUGGUCAGAGAUGAGUUGUACGAAAUUUUCGGAGACAGCGACCGGGACGCAACAAUGGAAGACCUCAAAGCGAUGACAAAUUUAGAAAGAGUGAUAAAAGAGACAAUGCGACUUUAUCCGAGCGUGACGGGUAUCACGAGAACCCUCAAAGAGCCGCUCCACCUCGAAAAGUAUACAAUACCUUCUAAAUCGGUGAUGGUCGUCGUUCCUCAUCUAUUACACCGUGACGAAAACAUCUAUCCCAAUCCGGAAAAAUUCGAUCCCGACCGGUUUUUGCCUGAACAAUGCAACGGACGUCAUCCUUACGCGUACAUCCCGUUCAGCGCCGGGCCAAGAAAUUGCAUAGGCCAAAAGUUUGCUAUGUACCAAAUGAAAACAGUAUUGUCCACGAUCUUGAGGUACACGAUUGUAGAGACGUUGGGGACGCAACAAAGCAUCGUCAUCAGUACACAGCUGAUAAUGAGAGCUGAUUACUUGCCGAGCGUGAAAAUAACACCAAUCCCCAACAAGAGUAUCACAAGUCAUACGUAAUUUGUUAACCUUUAUUUAUAAUAUCAGCAUAAUAACUUAAUAUGAAUGUAAAUAUCAUGUACAUACUAUGCAUAUAACACAACAUAUUUUUUUGUUUUCAAUUAUAAUUUUUAGCAAACCAUAUAAGCCACCCAACCAAGUAUACAUUAAUAAAGGAUAACGAUAGUUGGGAAAAUAUUUUCUUCAAUAAGCUAAGCAAUUAGCUAUGUAGAAAUAUGUAUAAUAUAUAUAUAUAUAUAUAUAUAUGCUAUAAGACUGUUUACAAUUUGGCUAUGUUUAAUGUUUUAAAUUUAUUAUAAAGGAAUGUCGAUAAAUUGGAAAUAUAGGUGGUAUAUUAAAAAAUAUAAAAUUUGUUUAAAAGUUACAUUUUAAUUUGUUUAUUAAAGUAAUUAUAUUAAUUGUAUAAAUAUAAAUAAAUAAGAAUUUUAA